AUGUCACAAUGGCGAGUAACAGCUGAGCAUCCACUCCGAGAAACUGAGGGACUUGACCAUGAACGAUGUGCCGCUCUACACAAUCUCAUCAUUGAGCGAGGAUGGACUGAAAGCGGCCGCAGCCUGAGCGAUCUCGACCGACGGGCGUGGUGGGAGUGUUAUGGCGGGGACGCGGAACUGUCGCCACACGCUGCGAAAUUGAGCUCUUCUGUGAUUGCGUUUCUCAAAACAGCGUGGCAUGGCUACGCAAUUACAGCACAACCACAACAUGCAUUCUUCAGGUACCUCUCGGGACUUUGCUCACCGGAUGAUCUUUGGGAGAACGCCCACUAUGGCGACGGCGAGGAUGACUCGAACAAAGCGCAUUAUGUGACACUCUACAUGGCGAAUUGGGCGCUGGGCGCAAGCCAUCCACUGGGUCUCGUCUUUGACCAGCAGACCUCUACGGCAAUGCAGCACAUGUCUAUUCAUGACACAAGCAUCACAAUGAACGGUCGUCAAAUCUGGCUGCCACUCGAACUCAUCCUCGAAACCUUCCUUGACAUGAUAGACCAAGGCAAAGCUCUUGCAGUGGAUUCUUCCUAUGACGGAGAGCAAGAAAAAGUCAGGCCUUGGGUUAUGCCCUCUUAUACGGUCUGUGACUUGGACCAGACUCUCGAAGCCUUCAGCCGACUAACACAUGCGGUUGAGUCUCGCAUGCCUGCGACCCGAAGUAAUGAAACGCACCGCCUUGGAGAUGCGAUAAGUUCGAGCGAGUUCUCACCAAAUAGCUUCGCAGGCCAGUUCCUGGCGCGAGCUCGGAAAACUCGAUUUAGCCACAUCGCACCUGGCCUUCGUAUAGCCCGCCAGCAGCCGUUUUCUUCAAUCAACGUUGAAGAAGGGAAGAUAAGGCCUAUCCUUCUUUUUGAGAGCAGUAAGGAGGCUCAUCAAGAUACGGAACAAACGCCUUGGGGAGAAGAAGUUCCCAUAUUACAAUUUCCGCAGCGUUUUGGAGAAAUCACAAGUUACCCUGCCGGGAUCUAUCUCACGGAGACGGAUCCGCACGGCGCGCAUCCAUUUGAAGACGGCUGCAAGCUUAUCCUGCCUUAUGCUAUCGGAGAAAAUGGCUGGGCUCGGACAAGCGAUGGCUCACUAUUUGGAGAAAAUACGCACGCCAAAGGACCAACAGCAAGCCCAGUGCCACGUAGCACACAGUUAUACCAACAGGGAUUUAAUCAUUUCAUUCAGACGCACGACGUGCAAUUAAAGCAUGUUCUGUGGCACUGGGCAGAUAUGGUGGAGAAAAGAAAGUGGGCAGUCGAUGGUGAUGGUGUAACUGGUGGGAUAGGGAAAUGGAGGGAGGCUGACACGGAAGAUCAUUGGCAAGACUAUCAAUUACCAAUGUCUUGGUGA